CCUGUGCCCCACCUGUGCCCUACCCUACUCUUCCCAGAAGUGCAAGAGCCCAAGCCGCCUCCAUGGCCCCAGGAAGGAUUCAGGGGAGAGGCCCCAUACAGGGAGCCACUCCAACCAGACAGCCUGGCCAGAAUGGAGCUGACUGAAUUGCUCCUCGUGGUCAUACUUCUCCUAACUGCAAGACUAACUUUGUCCAGCCCGGCUCCUCCUGCUUGUGACCCCCGACUACUAAAUAAACUGCUUCGUGACUCCCACGUCCUUCACAGCAGACUGAGCCAGUGCCCAGACAUUAACCCUUUGUCCACACCUGUCCUGCUGCCUGCUGUGGACUUCAGCUUGGGAGAAUGGAAAACCCAGACGGAGCAGACCAAGGCACAGGACGUUCUGGGAGCGGCGACCCUUCUGCUGGAGGCAGUGAUGGCAGCACGGGGACAACUGGGACCCAGCUGCCUCUCAUCCCUGCUGGUGCAGCUUUCUGGACAGGUCCGCCUCCUCCUUGGGGCCCUACAGGGCCUCCUUGGAACCCAGCUUCCUCCACAGGGCAGGACCACAGCUCACAAGGAUCCCAGUGCCAUCUUCCUGAGCUUCCAACAACUGCUCCGAGGAAAGGUGCGUUUCCUGCUGCUUGUAAUGGGGCCCACCCUCUGUGCCAAGCGGGCCCCACCCGCCACAGCUGUCCUGAGCAGCACCUCUCCAUUCCUCACCCUGAACAAGCUCCCAAACAGGACUUUUGGAUUGCUGGAGACAAACUCCAGUGUCUCAGCCAGAACUACUGGCUCUGGACUUCUGAAGAGACUGCAGGGAUUCAUAGCCAAGAUUCCCAGUCUACUAAACCAAACAUCCAGGUCUUCAGGCCGAAUCCCUGGACACCUGAACAGGACACACAGACCCUUGAAUGGGAUUCAUGGACUCUUUCCUGGACCCUCCUCCAGGGCCCUAGGAGCCCCGGGAAUUCCUCUAGGAACUUCAGACAUGGGCUCCCCACCACCCUACCUUCAGCCUGGAGAUUCUCCUUCCCCAGCCCAUCCUCCUCCUGGACAAUACACCCUCUUCUCUCCUUCACCCCCCUUACCCAUCCCCAUGGUCCAGCUCCAACCCCUCCUUCCUGACCCCUCUGCUAUCACACCCAACUCUACCAGUCCUCUUCUAGUUGCAGCCCAUCCUCACUUCCGGAAUCUGUCUCAGGGAGAGUAAGGUACUCAGGCACUGCCAACCUCAGCAUUGCCUCCCACAUACAAUCCCCUUACUCAGAGGAGAGGCAUUGGGACACAACUGCAGCUAGACAGGCAUACCUCAUUUUAUGGCGCUUCAUUUUAUUGUGCUUUACAGAUACUGCAUUUUUUACAAAUUGAAGGUUUGUGGCAACCUUGUGUUGUCAGAUCAUGGUUAGCAUUUUUUAGCAAUAAAGUAUUUUUAAUGAAGGUAUAUACAUUGCUUUUUUAGACAUAAUGCUAUUGCACUCUUUAAUAGACUACAACAUCGUGUAAACAU